CCCAUAACCUCAGAAUAAUAUACAUUUUUUUUUGUAUUUUUCUAUGGUGACGGUAUAUAUUGUGGGUUUUAUUAUAAAAUAAAAAAUGGAUUCUUGUGAGCAAUUGGAGCGAGCAACAGCAUUACUUCGUAGUACAAUCUGUAAUGUUCCGAUUGGAGUUGUGACUCUCAGUGAUUUUAAACCAACUCAAGAGAAAAUAAGAGACUCCAGAGAGAGAAUAAGGGCAUUGACAGCUAGGAUUAAACUGCUUCGAGCUAUAAAUGACGCAAAAGUGACACCCAACAUGCCUCCAGCGAAUCCAAAAGAUCUGGAAAAAAAGAUGCACCAGGCAUUAUCAUCUCAUCAAUUAAUCAAAUAUGAAGUAUUCAGGGGCACUGUGCAGUCUCAUGCAGUAGAGAAUCUUCUUGCGAACGAUGAAAUCUCUCCAGAACUCACCAGUAAGCUGCGAGAAGUCAUGGCGAAGUUGUACAGCCAGAAUGAUAAGCUGAUUGUUUUGCAAGAGGAGAUCGAGUCUUUACAGGCAGAAGAGAGACAACUGCAAGCAGAUGUUGCCGCAGGUGUCAUUGAUUUCCAGACUUUUCUCAAAGAGCAGGAGCAAAUUCGGAAUGAGAAACUAGCAGUAUCAAAUCCAGAGAUUGCAAAGAAAAAGCAGAAGUUGAAUAAUUUGAUUAAAAAAAUAAACAUCUCCAGAAGAUUAAUUACGAAUAUCAUAAGUGCUGUCAGUACGACGAUAAUCGAUGAACCAGAGAUGUUCAGAAUGCUGAAGGAGCAUCGUGACAUAAUCAAUGUAGAGACGAUUAUGGAAAUGGCAAGCAAUCGAGAAACUUCACACUGAUCUCAGUCCCAAGAUCUGAAAAUCCCAAAAAUGUCAGCUACGAAAUACUCUACCUGUAAAUUUUCUAAUAAAAUAUAUACCUUUAUACAA